GGCUCUCGCUGCUCCCUGGCUGCCACGUCAAGGUUGCUCCCAGGGCCGCCCCUCCCCUCUCCCCGCACCACCCGCUGCCUUCCCCGCGGCAGGCGCCGCCCUGGGUUGGGCUGGGCUGGGCGGGGGGGGAGGAGGAGGGGAAGGACGCUAGGCGGGGGUUGGGGAGUUCCGCACCCGCGCUGCAGGCGUCACCCUCCGCCCCGCGCGGCGGUGAUGGCGGCGGCGCGCUGCGGCGGGCGCUCGGCGGGGCGGUGACGUUGCGCGCAAGGCGGAGGGCGGGCAGGAAGAGGAGGAGACGCGGGCGCCUCCGGGGCUGAGGCAGUAGCGUCCCGCCGAGGCAGCGCUCGUGUCCUGUCCUCCCCCUCCACACACGCCCCCGACGGCUCCGGUUCGGGCGGGCCGGCGCGACUCUCCUGAGGUCGCGAUGCGCUCGGCCUGAGCGCUCCCUUGCCGCCCCGCCCGGUUUGGGCCUCUGCGGGGCAGGGGACCGCGAUGGCUGCGGGGAGCUGGACGGAGGCGGUGGGCCAGCAGGCCGAGGAGGCGGCGGCACGGGUGCGGGACGUCCUGUCGGGCGGCUUGGGCCUGCUGCGUGCCGAGCUGGGCCUCGAGCUGGGCCUCGACCCGCAGGGCCUGCCCACCUGGCUCGCCCUGGUGGUCCCCGCCGCGCUGGGGCUGGGGCUGCUGGGGCUGCUCCUGGCCGUGGCCUGCGGAGGCGGCCUCCGUAGGAAGCCACCACGGAGCGCGGCGGAGAGGAAGAGUAACGAGGGGGCCGGCGUGGGCCUGACAGCCGGCGGGGGCCAGGGCAAGGCGGCGGGGCCGGGCCCCGGGCAGCUGCACCUGAAAGGCGACGAGCAGAGGAAGCGAAACAAGAAGAAGCUGUCGGAGAAAACGGCGCGGCCUAAUGGACGAUCUUUCCUUGAUGUAUCUGAGGAUGAAGUAAUACAUACUGUCCGUAAGGAAAAUAUAAAGCAGCCCGUGGACACAGAGAAGAAGAAUGAAAAGUCAAAGAAAAAAAAGAAAUCAAAGGGAGAUGCUAAAACGGUUCAGGAUAUGUCACGUCUAGAUGGAAAGGAAGUUGAUGAAGGAGCCUGGGAAACAAAAAUCAGUAACAGAGAGAAGCGACAGCAGCGUAAGCGAGACAAGGUGCUGACCGAUGGUGGCUCAGCAGAAUCAAAUCUCCAAGGGGUGGAAAACACAGUUACUGUAUCCAUUGAACAACUGAUGCCUACAGCAUCGCUUCCAGUUGGUCUCAGAAAAAAUAAAGGUGAUGCACUUCUGAAUGCACAAGUUAGCAGUUCUAAACCUGCAAAGGGAGAGUCAUCAAUUCCACAAGUUUCUCCAGGGUUGAGUGAAAGCCAUACAGUAAAUGGAGGAAGCUGGAAUGAGAAGUCUGUAAAAAUCUCCUCACAGAUUGGUGUAGGGGAGGAGAAAUGGACACCUGUUCCUUCAACUGCAGCUGGGAAGAGGAAGACUGAGACAUUGGCUUGGGGCCAGGACGCUGGAGAUGCUAAUGGAAAUGGAAAGGACUGGGGUGUAAGCCUGGUGGGCAGGCCCUGGAAAGAGCGUUCUUUGUUCACUCCUAUUGCUGCUUGGAAUGUGGAUGCAAGGAUUAAUACGUCUGAACAGAAUUCUACUUCUUUCUCUUCCUUUGGAUUAACUCCUGGAGUUUCUGGAUCCAACAGUGAGUCAGUUUCUCAGGCUGGUACUUCUGAUUUCCAGUGGGAUUUAAGUCAUGCUCAAGCCCCUGUUGAUGACGAAUGGUCUGGGUUAAAUGGACUUUCUUCAGCUGAUCCCAGCUCUGAUUGGAAUGCACCUGCCGAAGAGUGGGGAAACUGGGUAGAUGAAGAAAAAGUUGCUUCUGUUCCUCAAACUGAAGAGAUAACUGAUGUUCAGAAGGCUUCAGAUAAUGAAAGAGAAAAAGCAGAGCCAGUUCUUCAGAGUUCUACAAGUGGCAAAUCCAAGAAAAAGAAGAAGAAAAAGAAGAAGCAGGGUGAAGAAGCUAACUCUCCUGCACAGGACCCUGAAGAACUGGAUAGAGAAGCUGGAGAGGAAUUUCAGGAGGAUACCUCAAAAGUUCAACCACAGAAGGAAAUAGCUUUUUCUCUGAAGACCAUAAGUACUAGUGAACCAGCUAAGCCUGAGGAGGCUCCUUCGCUUGCUGUUUCUACUGAGCCAUCCAUAAUUGUAUCAGAGGGCGAUUCUGACAAGAUCGCUUCCCAAGUGCCACAGAUGCUGCAAGAGACAGAUGUUUCUAGUCCCAAUAUUAAGCAAAACAGUGUGCCUCCUCCACAGACAAAGUCUGAAGAAAGCUGGGAAUCCCCCAAACAAGUUAAAAAGAAGAAAAAAGCAAGAAGGGAAACGUGAACUUCCUGAGAUGGACAUGUGUUGCUGAAUAUUGUCAUGAAGAUUAUGCUGUUUAUGCAAUAAUUUGUGAACAUGUACAGAAUUUUAUAUAAAUUUCAAACAAUUUUUAAAAACAGAACUGCUGUGAACACAAACGUCUUUAAAAAGGAAUCAAAGGAAAGUAACUAUGAUAUAGCAAACAGAACAUGCUACAUUUGAAAGACAUACUGAAGAAUCUGUUUUUCCAACUUUUGGAGAGAGAUCUUGAUUUAAAAAAAACUGGUUUUACAACACAGUGCCCUGUUUACAACAGAUUAUACUCUCAUCUACAGCUGUGGAGAAAAGAUUAAUUUCAAGGAAGGGUUUUCUGUAAAAAUAAUUGUCUGUACAAUAGUGGGUGUUUCUUGCCUCUCUUAGGAGUGAUGCAUUAGAAGCACAGAAUGUCAACCAUUUGAAUUUGUUUCAUGCCUAAAUCAAAGUGCUUUGAUUAAACAUAUAAUCUGCCAUAUCUUUACAGUAAGUUGGUUAGCAAGUCUGCUAGCUGCUACAGGAGUCACAAGUGCAAAUCAUUAACCAUUUGUACAGUCAGACCUUCAUGGUUUAUUAUAUGAAGUUAACACAAUAAAACUGCUUUGGGUUAAAAGUUUGAGAAUGUGAUUUGAAACUUGAGUAUGGUUCAUGAAGUUAUAUUUGAUAAUGUCUAUUACCUUACUUGAAUUAUUGAAGAUAACAGUAUAUUUUUAAGAAUGCAGUAAUGUGCAUAAAAUUUCUCCUUCAUUCCCUAUAUUUCUUGGUUGAGUCAGCCUGCCAUCUAAAACUGUAUUCUUUCAACUGUUAAACUCAUGGAAUCAAUUGAAAUCAAACGUUUCCUUCCCUCAACACUUUUUGACUUGCCAUACCCUGUUCUGUUCUGCCCUAUCCAGUUCUGUUCUCUAUUACUGAAACUCUAAAGAAAGAAAAGUGAUUUUUUUUUUUUUUUUUUUUUUUUUUUUUUUAACUUGCAAAUUAUUUGGGAUUUCAAAGCUCUGUUGGAGAACUGGAGUGGCUUCAGACAGCUUUAAUUGACAUUGUCAAGACCAGUUAUCAGGAACACAUUUUUUUACUGCCUUAACCUGUAGUAUGUAGAAUGUGUCUAGACUUCUGGACAGGAGUUAGUGUUUUUAUAUUAAAAAAAAUAAAAACUCAUGCAAGUAUAGCAGUUGUAAAAUAAAGACCAUUUCCCGCUUGAAACUGUUAAUUAAAAUGGUGUUUAAGAUGUGUUGUCAUUUUCAGGCACUGUGUAAUUACAUGGUAUCAAACUGGCAGAUGUGUUUGUGUCUGUAAGGUGCAUGCUCAGCCAUGUACACUGUAAAUAGCCUUUACAAAAUUUGUUUGAUAAGGAUGGUAACCAACAUCACCUGCUAAAUGCAGUUAAAGAAGAGCCAAGAUUAUUUUUAUUUUAAAUGAUUGGCUUCUGGUUUUGUGGCACAAACAGAAUUGUUAACAGCUGAAACACAUGGUACUGAUCAAUGAUCUUGUACUACUGUACUUGGCUGCAGUUCAGCAGUAUUGCAAGGUGCAAAUAGUUAAUGCAGCGAACUGGUUUUAAUUGUACUGAAAAUGCGCCUUGCUAUGGAGAGCUUUCCUACUAAAUGGAUACUAAUGAGCACAGGAAUUAUCCCCUGUAUAUCAGGAACAUAAGACACUCUACAUUGAUUUGUUAAAAUAAAUUGAGCAUAUUGACAGUAUUGAUCUAUUUACUGGGAGAGAGUAAUGCCUGAGACUAAUACCUGUCAAGAUUCAUGUAAAAUAAAUUUAGAAUUGAAGUACAGCUUUUCAAGGAGUAUCUUAAGGCAAACACAAAAAUAGGACAUUACAAAAUCAUGCAGAGUCAUUUGCAUGUAAAUAGUAUUAUAAUUUUACUUGUCGUCUUCAUAGUAAAGAUUAAAAAGAAUACCCUUUGAAUUCAGGUUUGUAAUGUAUGUCCGAAAUGUCUGUUUCCAAUCUGUAUGUUGUGCUACGAGCCUCUCUUGUAGAAAAUACAAAGAUUUUAUGUAAUGAGAGAGACUGCCCCCAGGGGCUUUCACUGCAUAAACUCUUUUUUGUCCUCCUGAAGAUAAAAUUGGUGAUAUUUCUGGGUUAGUCAGCUCUAGCUCUUGAAUAGCCUGUCAUUCUGGGAAAAAGAAACAAACUAGCUUAACAGCAUAGGAACCCUGCUAAUUAACUGCUCCUACUAAGCAGGAUCAUAUAAAUACAUAGCCUUCCUUUCAAAAUGUUGUUACCUAUUUAGCAGCACCUCUUACUGUUUUCUUAAUGUGCAGUUUCAACGUCUUAGAAAGCAAAACUUGCUUUAUCUGACAUUCAUUAAAAGAGGUAGUAACUGUAUAGCAUAUUGUCUAUAAAUAGAAACUUGGUUAUCUAUGUACUGUCAUGUUUCUAUGACUCAAGCAGUGGUUAGUCUUAAUGAUACACUGAAUCCAGACUUUGGUACUUGGAUAGAAAGAGAAAACACCAUUUAAAGAAACUUAAUAAUUUUUUUUUCUUUUUUUCUUUUCAUUUGUUGUUGAAUGCAUGGAAUGGUUUCAUAAAUCCAAUAUGUUGGGUUUUUCUAAAUACUCUGGAAUUAUUUGUAUGCGUAAUUUAAACCUGUUGUGAUGAUGUGUAAUUGGAUAGUCAUGGCAUAUUUUUAUUUCUUUUGUGGGGAGGGAAAGGUGUACAGAAUUCAUAUGUGCUUGUUACGAAGGUAACAACUGUGCAUUGGUUUGGAGGGGGUUGAAAACUGUAUUUCUGAUGCCCUUUUAGAAGUCUAAUGAAAAAAGUGCAAGAGAAAAGCACUACUUUAAUAUUUACUAAGAAAGAAUGUACAUAUUAAAAACAUUUCAAACUUUAUAGAAA